AUGAUUCCGUCACCAUUUCUUCUCUCCCCUGUCGUUCCCCAGCCUUACCCACCGACGUUCUUCAUCCCUACCCAUCCUCUUCUUGUCUCUCUUCCUUUUAUGACCAUACCAGCUGCUGCAAGUCCCACACCCUAUCGUUUAGCGCUCUUUCCUCACCGCCAUCGCCGCCUUCCGUCGUCCGUUUUUCUUGUCGUUUUUCUUGUUUUUAUUUUUCCUCUUGGCUUUCUUUUUUUUAUGUUUUCCAUAUUUACUUCAUAUUUUUUUUUUGUCUCUUCUCGUUCUGACAUUCGUGAUUUUCUUCGUUUCGAUAUUUCUCAUAUGAAUUCUCGUUCGUUUCUCGAAAUUUCUUAUUUUGUUACUUUUUUCUUUUUUUUCUUCCUAUUUCUUUCCGUUUUGUUGUUUCUUUUAUUCCUUUUUUCAUAUUUUCCUUUUUUCCUAUCAUCGUUUUUCUUUAUUUUUUCUUUCUUUUCUUCUUUCUAUUUUCUUUUUUUUUUCUUUCUUUCUAAAGUUUUUCUUCUAACUUUUUUUCUUUCUUUCUUUCUUUUCCUCUUCUAA